AUGUUGAGUGUCCAGGCUGGAGUCAGGCCCCUGAGUCUCCAGCCCCUCCCUUUCCUCCUAGCGCAAGGAGCAGAGUGCCACUGGGAAGAUAGGGUGGAGUGCCGGAUAUUCCCAGCGAAGAUCUAUAGGUCUUUUCCAGCAGCUGCCAAACUUGCUAGUUUUAGGACCUUGCCCUGUCCCUCCCUACACCUUGCUCACAGUGAGCUUUCGCUUUUGUUAAGAGAAGGAAACUGGCCUCUGAAGGAGCACCGACGUCUUAAUGAUUGUGAAGAACAUUGGUUCCUGCAUGGAUCUCUAAAUUAUUCCAGUAUUUUGCAGUUAGAGCUCUUCUGGCAAGAUCUGGUCCUCCGAGAAGGUCACUCACAUACCAGUGAUCGUGGCCCACCAGACUAUCACAGCACUGUGUCUACCGGGCUGACAUCUCAAGACAAGGGCUCCGUUUACGUCAUGUGUUACCUCCACCUGUCGCAGCUCUUUUCCACCUGCGUGGCCUUCUCUCUGGUGGCCAACAUGGGCAUUUGGAGAGGGGCCAUAGGUAAUUGGUCCAUGUCCUUCUGGUGCGUCUGCUUCGUUGUAACCCUCAUCAUCUCCAUAGUCAACUUAUGUAAGCCUCGGAAGCACAGUCCUUUCUUCUGGUGCAACUUCUCCGUCACCUAUACCUGCUACGCCUCCCUCAUCUGUCUCUCGACCUCCAUCAUCUACUCCAUCACCUUUGUCCGGUUCUUGCCUUAUGGUCCUUACCGGGACAGGGCCAUUGCUGCCACUGCAUUCUCCUGCAUCGCAACUGUGUUUUAUGCCUUGGAAGCGGUCUUCUUGAAGACAUGGUACGAACUCGAUGAUGUCACUUGCUAUGUGCACACCUUGCCAGGCCUGCUGAAGAUGCUGGAGACCUUUGUGGCCUGUGUCAUCUUUGCCUUCCUCAGCAACACCUCCCUGUACCUGCACCAGCCGGCUCUGGAGUGGUGUGUGGCCGUGUACUCCAUCUGCUUCAUCCCACCAGCCCUGGCCAUCCUGCUGAACCUGGGCAAAUGGCAACUCAGGCUGCCUGGGCCCUUCCCCCUCUUCCAGCUUGUGCUCAGCCUGCUCUCCUUCCUCCUCUAUGUCAGUGCUCUGAUCCUCUGGUCACUCUACCAUUUCAAUGAGGAGUUUGGCGGACACCCCCAGCGGUCCAGUGAUAUAGGCUGCAUCAAUGCACUCACCUACGACAUGUGCUUCUGGGACCUGAGACUGACUGUGGCCAUCCUGACAGCCAUCAACCUGCUGAUUUACGUAGCUGACAUGGUGUACUGGGCCCGCCAGGUUUCUGUAGGGACUGGGGGUCAGUCCAGUGCUCCUGAUCCCCUCCACUCACAGGCGGUGUCUUUACAGAGCUCUGUCAGCCCCUGAUGUCUCCUUCCUGGCUCUCCUCACUCCCUGCUCGCAUUCUUCCCCACUCAUCUCACACUCUUUUCUGUUCCCUUCCCUCCUGCUCUGUCUCCUUCCUGUCUUGUGUGGUUGCCCACAUUCUGUUUUGCUUCUUUCUCUUGCUUCUCUCAUUUUUUUCUACAUUUUUCUACCUUUUGCCCCUUUCCUGGUCAUCCUUGGUUUUCUCAUUUCCUGUGUCCUGACCACCUCUCCCCAUUUACCUUCUCCUGAUCAGAGCAGCCUGGCAUAAAUCAAGUUCCCACUCGAGAUCAAAUUCAAAAGUAAGAUAGAAAAGAUUGAAAACAACCCAGGUGUUCAUCUUUAGGAUGCGGAUUAAUAAACAAUGAUGUAGUACAAGAAGGAAUAUUCUGCAACAGUGAUAAGUAAAUAUCCCCACGAUAUAUGAAAUAAAAAUAGUUAAGAUAUAAGUCAACAUGGAACAUACUAUAUUUUAUAUAUAAAAAUGAGGGGAAAUAAUAUUAAAUACACCUGUAUGUGCUUGAUUUGCAUCAAGAAGCACAGGAAGCACUCCCCCGAGUGCACUGGAAUAGUUACCUGGUCCGGGUUGGGGAGGGGAGCUGAGGAGAGAGUGGAGGGAGCCACAGGUAGUAGUGAAGUUUCUCAGAAUAUGGCUUUUUCAGAAUAUUUUUAUUUGGAACCAUGUAAAUAUUCCCUUCUUAAAAAAAUAAAAUUUAUUUUUUAAAAACAUACCAACUGGAGAAGGGUCAGGGGA